AGCUCUGGGGGAGCUCAGGGCUCCCGAUCACGGCUUCUUGGGGGUAGCCACGGCUGGGUGGGUAGAACUGGGGCCUGGGUCCCCUAGUGGAGACCCAAGUGGGAUAGGCAGGCACGUUAGUGCCUGGGGACUCCGUGACUUCCUGCCUUCUGGGUCAGAGCUUUACACAGCUCCAGAACCGGCUCCCAGGGAGAACUCCGUGGAACUCAGAAUCACUGGCCAGGUCUGCCUUUCAGCCAAUGCCCCUGUCCCUGGGAGCCGAGAUGUGGGGCCUUGAAGCCUGGCUGCUGCUGUUGUUCCUGGCAUCGUUUACAGGCCGAUGCCCGGCGGGUGAGCUGGAGACCUCGGACUUAGUGACGGUGGUGCUGGGCCAGGACGCAAAAUUGCCCUGCUUCUACCGAGGGGAUCCUGACGAGCAGGUGGGGCAAGUGGCGUGGGCUCGGGUGGACCCAAACGAGGGCACCCGGGAGCUGGCCCUACUGCACUCCAAAUAUGGGCUUCAUGUGAGCCCCGCCUAUGAGGACCGCGUGGAGCAACCACCGCCCCCACGAGACCCUCUGGACGGCUCCGUGCUCCUGCGCAACGCUGUGCAAGCAGAUGAGGGCGAGUACGAGUGCAGAGUCAGCACUUUCCCCGCCGGCAGCUUCCAGGCACGGAUGCGGCUCCGCGUUCUGGUGCCUCCCCUGCCUUCACUGAAUCCUGGUCCACCACUAGAAGAGGGCCAGGGCCUGACGCUGGCAGCCUCUUGCACUGCCGAGGGCAGCCCAGCUCCCACCGUGACCUGGGACACAGAAGUCAAAGGUACUCAGGCCAGCCGCUCCUUCAAGCACUCCCGCUCAGCUGCCGUCACGUCAGAGUUCCACCUGGUGCCUAGCCGAAGCAUGAAUGGGCAGCCACUUACCUGUGUGGUGUCUCACCCUGGCCUGCUCCAGGACCAGAGAAUCACCCACACCCUCCAAGUGGCCUUCCUUGCAGAGGCCUCUGUGAGGGGCCUUGAGGACCAAAACUUGUGGCAUGUUGGCCGAGAAGGAGCUACACUCAAGUGCCUGAGUGAAGGACAGCCCCCUCCCUCAUUCAACUGGACGCGGCUGGAUGGACCUCUGCCUAGCGGGGUGCGAGUGAAGGGGGACACUCUGGGCUUUCCCCCACUGACCACUGAGCACAGUGGCAUCUACGUCUGCCAUGUCAGCAAUGAACUUUCUUCGAGGGACUCUCAGGUCACCGUGGAGGUUCUUGACCCUCAAGAUUCAGGAAAGCAAGUGGACCUAGUGUCGGCCUCAGUGGUGGUAGUGGGCGUGAUUGCUGCAUUCUUGUUCUGCCUCCUGGUGGUGGUGGUGGUACUCAUGUCCCGGUAUCACCGACGGAAAGCACAGCAGAUGACCCAGAAAUAUGAGGAGGAACUGACUCUGACCAGGGAGAACUCCAUCCGAAGGCUGCAUUCUCAUCAUACAGACCCCAGGAGCCAGCCGGAGGAGAGUGUAGGGCUGAGAGCGGAGGGCCACCCCGAUAGUCUCAAGGACAACAGUAGCUGCUCUGUGAUGAGUGAAGAGCCAGAGGGCCGUAGCUACUCCACGUUGACCACAGUGAGGGAGAUUGAAACACAGACUGAACUACUGUCUCCGGGCUCUGGGCGGACAGAAGAGGAGGAGGAUCAGGAUGAAGGCAUCAAACAGGCCAUGAACCAUUUUGUUCAGGAGAAUGGGACCCUGAGGGCCAAACCCACAGGCAAUGGCAUCUACAUCAACGGGCGAGGGCACCUGGUCUGACCCAGGCCAGCCUCCCUCCCUAGGCCUGGUUUCUUCUGCUUCCAUGGGGGAUUUCAACUCUUCUUAGGGGAACCCUCCUUAAAAGCCUGCAUUUCUUUAGGAAGAUACUUCCCACCCCACUGACUGCUCCACUUUUACCUCCAAUCCUGGUCAUCAGGAGGGCUCCACUGAUUGAGUGUCUCCUAUUUGUGUGUGUGUGUGUGUGUGCGUGUGUGUGUGCGU